AGAUCACUCGCAUAACGGAAUCUGCCGACGCGGAUUCAAUUGGCGGUUGGCGGGGCGUCUCAGGCACACAGCGAGAUUCGAUGGGCGCUGCGCAGUCGUGGUGCUGUGGUGUGAAAGGUCGGGACGAACUGCACCUCGGUAAAAGGCGACCCAACGGCUUCAAGCAUGACCGGGAAAUGCUCGUCGUCGGGUCACGGCCGGUGACGUCAGCCCCACAGCCGAUUAUGCUACAGGGUCCCUCGUACAGUAGCGGGAGCAUGGAAUCCAAGUACGAGAUGUUGGAUGAGAUUGGGCACGGAGGCACCUCAGUCGUGUACAAGUGCCACGAACGACGCACAGGAACUGUGCGAGCCUGCAAGAUCAUUGAUCGCCGCGCUGUUGAGUGUGAGCACAACGUUGUGAUGGAGCAAUUUCAAGUUGAGAUUCAAGUGCUGCAGUCGCUCAAGCACCCGAACAUCAUUCACAUUGAAGACGUAUUCCUGUCUGACUCGAAGCUCUGCAUGGUGACAGAGUAUAUGAGUGGUGGCGAGCUGUUUGACUAUGUCGUCGAUAGGGGGACGUUGUCGGAGGUGGAAGCGAGCACCAUUGUCCGCCAGAUCACGUCAGCCGUUGCGUACUUACACGCACGCGGAAUUAUUCACCGCGACCUUAAACCUGAAAAUCUGAUGCUGACGAGCAAGUCUCGUGGAGCCUCCGUGAAGAUUAUCGACUUCGGACUGGCGAAGCUGCUGGACGCAGACGACAAAACGGCCUCGUUCUUAGGAACUAGAGGCUAUCUCGCGCCGGAGAUGCUGCAGCGCCAAGCAUAUUCCAUGUCCGUGGAUAUGUGGGCGCUUGGGAUCAUCGUGUACGUCUUGCUCUGCGGCUGUCUGCCUUUCGACGAUGACGGGGGCAAGAUCGCCAACGAAAAGGCUGCUCGAGCAAAAUUUGGCCUUCGCUUUCCUCGCUGGGCCAGCGGCUUGUCCGAGAGUGCAAAAGAUCUCCUUCGCAAUCUGCUAGAGGUGGACUCGACCAACCGAUUCACGGCAGAGCAGGCGCUGGCACAUCCGUGGGUCACAGGUGCUCGCACGCCCAACAAGUUCCUCAAGUCUCCUAACUACUUGCGCAACAUCAAGCAGGAAAAGGUGAGCCAGAAGAUGAACGGCCGCAUGCCAGUCGCGAACGGCAACGGCGUCGAAGUCAGCAAUGGCAACGGACCCGCGAUCAGCGUGCGGAGACAGUCACGUUGAUCUCUCAUUCGCUACUAAAAGCGAGUGUAAAGUGUAUUUUUGCCCAAUUUGAA